CAACUCCAUGAACCCUCUCUCUACGUCACGAUUUAAAAUGAUACGCCGUGCGAAUCAGCGGACAUUCGCUGCGUCGUCACGGUCAGGAUACCUCUGAUGCAACAGUCGCUUUAGGUGUUCGUGCGCCCACAGUUGUAGCCGUCAUUCUCUGAGCAGAGCCAGUUAGUUGAGCACUCGAAAGGGAACGCGCGGCAGCGCCGGUAUCGAUCUGAGCGUUUCGUUGGUCCGUUCGUGCACGACGUUCUCUCGGGAUAUUCGUCCAUAGGUCGCCGUCGGCGCCGGCCUUGCUGCUCUGUUUACGCGCCGUGUAUACCUAUUUCGUCCGCGCGAUCAUGCACGCCGAGGCUCAUUGAUAUCGCUGCACACGCAUCUGCAUCCUACACCUGAGAGCCGAGCAGGCUCAUCACUCUUAUUUGAUCGAUCUCGUGCAGCGAAACUUAGCUUUUGCUGGUUUUCUCCACACUUACGGGCCGAAACCAAGAGACAAAAUGGGCUGUUUUGUCAGUAAAGAUAAACUUACAAAGGAGGAUAUGGAUUUCCUCAAAACGCAUACGUCGUACGAUGAAACCACCAUCAAAGAGUGGUACAAGGGCUUCAAGCAAGAUUGCCCUAACGGCCGUCUAACGCCUGCAAAAUUCGUCGACAUGUACAAGAUGUUUUUCCCGUCCGGGAACGCUGUCGAGUUUUGCGAUCAUGUAUUCCGCACAUUCGAUAUGGACAAGAAUGGCUACAUAGAUUUUAAGGAAUUUCUGCAAGCAAUUCACGUAACGUCAAGCGGAACACCUGAAGAAAAACUGAAGUGGGCAUUCCGCAUGUACGACGUGGAUGGCAAUGGUGUGAUAGAUAUUCAAGAAAUGACUAAAAUAGUCCAGGCCAUCUACGAUAUGUUAGGCGCUUGCUCGAGUAACAGGCCAGCCGACUCUGCCGAGGAACGUGCCAAAAACAUUUUCGCAAAAAUGGACGAGAACAACGACGGUCAGCUCACCCAGGACGAGUUCCUCAAGGGCUGCCUCCAGGAUGAGGAGCUUUCGAAGAUGCUAGCGCCCUAAGCGGCCGAAGGUCACAGUAGCACGACCCUCAAAUCCACCCCUAUGUUAUAUCACGACAACCCGACGGCGCGAAAACAUAUACUUUCCUUCUUACUUUUAUCUGCUAAAAAAAUUUCUUAAUACAAUCUGCAAACGAAAAUUUCUAAACGUUACAGAUUAUACUAUAUUUAGGUCUAGGGAGGAGACUGCGACAUGACGUGUCUGUUGAGUAACUCUGCCGCGCGAAGUUAGUUCACAAACGAACUUCGUGUAACAAUAUAGUCUUAACAAAACUGAAAUUAAACUUAAUCGCCUCACGAGCAUCGCGCCAAUGUUCUACAGUCGGUGCAAACUUCUUCAGUUAAAAAUACUACGCUCUCCAUUCGGUAUAUUAAGGAAUGAUGAAAUAUGAAAAUGUUGCUGUCGUGUUGCUGUAGUGUACAGCGUGAGUACAGUGGGCCACAUACUGUAUUUUGCAUUGUACUGAAUUAUACCUGGACCUUAAUUCUGUAACUAUAGAUAACAACAUAACAUCAGUCGUGUUUUACGGUCGACGUAUAAGUAGAUAGGGUCCAGUAUUUUCACAAGAUUCUGUACAAUAUGUUUGUAUGUACAUGAUAUGUGGCAGACUGUAGACAGAGUUACGUACAGCCGUGGGUAUUUGUUGACGUACAGACUGAGUGAAGUGCAGCGUACACUUGUUGAUAUAUACAUACACGAAAUUGCAUCCUCUCCCGCCUAUAUACCGUUCAAAAAUGUAACAAGAGCCACCAACGGCAAAUAUAAAACGAUUUAGAUAAGUAAUGUAUGCAAUAACAAAGUACACUCAGUUUUAUAGUUUUUUUAUUUACUUUAUCGUUGAUGUCGCGUGCAAUGGAGCUAGCAAAACAAUAUUUCCAUUCGCUUGAAGGUUUCUACAUUUUUAUUCGAUGUAUUAAAACUUGCACAAACUUUUCUUUGUCCAAUGAGAGAAUAUUUCAUUUAACAAUAACACUGUUUUCUCUCUAUAAGUUUAUAUGAAUAUAAUAGUUUUGUUUUAAUCUAUACAUCUAUACAUAUAAAUAAAAUAGGAAUGUCUGUUUGUAAUAUUGAAAU